CACGUCUAAAGAACCCCGAGCUGGAACGAACGCAGCCGCCUGAGGGUUUUGAACGCAGAAAAAAACAAAGAAAGGUAUUACCUUAUUUUUUUUUCCAGGUCUGGAACGACGCUGCUUUCUAAAUCGUAACAGAAAAUGGACAACACCAAUUUUCAAAAGUGGGUCACCAUCUCGAAUGGCUGCAGAGAGGCAACAUCACAAACAAAAACAGUUGCAAACAAACGCAAGUCGAACGUUUCUCCAAGUUUUCUUCCAAGUUGCUGUCACACAAGUUGUCGUCCGUCUUCCGUACAAGAGAUGAAUGACGAUGAAAAUCCGUUUGGAGGCAAAAGCAGCCGGCCAAACAAUUCGGCGGUGGGAAAAAGAAUCGAUCCUACUACGUCAGACUUCGAAAUCGAUUACGCAACGGCUAAUAAAAGACCGCAAAUUUUGGCCGCCUUGGCAGCUGCGUUUAGUGCGUUUGCCAUGGGCGCUACGUUGGGAUGGUCUUCGCCCGUUCAGCCUCAACUGCAACAGAACUCGACGUUAAAUGCCGUGACAGAUGGGAACAGCACGUGGUUUAUCGACUUGGAUGACGAUCAAAUGUCGUGGGUAGGAUCUUUAAUCAACGUUGGAGCUUCUAUCGGAGCCAUUUGCGGAGGCUAUUUGAUGGACAGAUUCGGAAGGGUCCUCGUUUUGAUGGCCAUUUGCGUUCCUUAUUUCUUUGGAUGGCUCUUGAUAGCCUUAGGUGUCAAUCCGGUGAUGUUGUACAUCGGCCGCUUACUGGGCGGACUAGCAGCCGGAAUCAGUUGCGCCGUAGCGCCGUGUUACAUUGGUGAAAUAGCCACACCCAACGUCCGUGGAACUGUCGGCUUCUUUUUCUCUACCAAUAUCGGACUGGGCAUUUUAUUCACAAGUCUAUUAGGACUCGGAUUGGACUGGCGAUGGAUAUCGGGCAUAUGUGCCAUCACUCCGCUUGUCCUCUUCGCUAGUUUAUACCCUGUUCCUGAAUCUGCCUAUUUUCUCGUCAAAAAUGGUGAUGUCGAGAAGGCCAGUCAGAGUCUGCAAUGGCUACGAGGAAGUCGAUUCAACGUGGAUGCUGAACUAGCUCAGAUAAACGCACGUGUUAGCGAGGACAAAACGCAGAAACUGCACUUGACGGACUUCCUACGACCGUGGGCUUACAAGCCCAUAUUGAUCGGGGUGGCCGUCAUGAUUUUUCAGCAAUUCUCCGGUCUCAACGCGGCCUUGUUUUACUCGGUUGAGAUCCUUCAAGUAGCCGGCUCCAAAUUAGACGCUUUGGUCGCUGCAGUCGUUGUCAUCAUAACGUUGCUCUUAGGUAAUUUUCUUGGUGCCAUCGUCGUCAGCAGAAUCGGCCGCCGGCCUUUGUUUAUGAUCUCUGAGGCAACGGCAUGUCUGUCCAUGUGCGCCCUUGGAGCCUAUUUUCACAUCUUAUCCAACGAUGCGGACACGGCUGUAUCGUUGUCAUGGUUACCGCUGACGUCACUCAUUGUAUUCAUCUCCGGAAUCGGCAUGGGACUUGGCCCGCUUCCUUGGUUGAUUUCCAGCGAGGUCCUACCGGCUAAAAUCAGAGGCCAGGGCAGUUCGAUUGCAGCGUUGGCUAAUUUCGGAUUGUCUUUUAUCGUCACCAAGACUUUCAUCGACAUCCAGCGUGCGGUCACACCGGCGGGCGCCUUCUGGUUCUAUGGUGGCUUCUGUUUCCUCGGCAUCCUGUUCGCCCUGUUCCUCCUUCCGGAAACGAAAGACAAGACGUCGGAAGAAAUUGGGGCCUUCUUCGUGACCGAAACUGUUGAACGCAAUCAACGUGAAUAAUUUGGAUGAGAUACAAAUGUAACAGCGCGUAUUUUCCUCAGCAAAAAUAUUUGAACGUUACGUAUGAGAUUAUAUUUUUAGACAAACAAAUGUUUACAUUUCACUUUAAUACAAUAACGUGCCUGAUUUA